AUGCGUUUUGAUAAAAAUGUUGUCGAAAAAAAUCGUGGAAGAAGGAAGGGUUACAUGAGUAUGCUCUUGUCAAAAGAUGACUUUAAUGAUUCCGGAAUCGAGGCUCCAAGGUUAUUGAAAGAUAACCUUGAUUUACCUGCAGAGAAUUCCGGAAAUUCCGUGUCUAUUGGCGAAAAAGUUGUUCGAUCAAAAAGUACAAGUGUGUUUGGCCACGAGAGAAUUCCAUUUUGUUUACUAUUCAUAGCAGAAAUGCGGUUCUUUGAUGUAUUGACGAUGGGUCCCGCAAAUUAUUACCAUCGUGUCGAGGAACGUGCGGUCGCGACCAAUAACAUGUAA